AUGAUGGGCUUAUUCAACCAGGCGACCUCCAAGGUCCACAGGCCACGAGGGCCGUCCGUAGAGGACAAAAUGCCAGACGACACAGACCCAGAUGAUGUCUCGAUCCUGGAUGAGGAGGAGGGCUCUAUCAUCAAGUCUCUGAUCUCACAGCUCAGGGUCGGUAUGGACCUUUCGAAAGUGACAUUUCCCACUUUCGUGCUGGAGCCACGCAGCAUGCUUGAACGCAUCACCGACUUCAUGUCGCAUCCAGAUCUCAUUUUCGGGUACGUCCCCGACUCUCUUGAAAGGAAAUGCUGUACGCCAGAUGAACUGCCCAGUGCCGAAGACUGCGACGACCCAGAGGAGCGUUUCAUCCGCGUACUGCGGUACUACCUCGCUGGUUGGCACAUCAAGCCGAAGGGUGUGAAGAAGCCAUAUAAUCCUGUGCUCGGCGAGUUCUUUCGCUGUCGAUAUGAUUAUCCGGAUGGUUCACAAGGUUUCUACAUUUCUGAGCAAGUCUCUCACCACCCACCUGUCUCCGCAUUCUACUACGUCUCCCCCGCAAACCGGGUCUGCAUCGUCAGCGAGCUGCGGCCCAAGUCAAAGUUCCUCGGAAACAGCGUGUCGACGCAAAUGGAGGGCGAGAAUCGCGUCUACCUCAUGGGGCGCCCGGAGGAUGGUCCAUACGUGAUCUCAAUGCCGAACAUGUAUGCGCGGGGUAUUCUCUGGGGCAAGAUGAUACUCGAGCUUGGGGACACAUGCACUGCGCGGAAUGAUCACAACGGCAUCUGCGCCGAAUUGACGUUCAAGACGAAGGGAUACUUCUCGGGCACGUACAAUGCGAUUCAGGGGCGGAUACGCAACGGGGCUGCAGACACGGGCGAAGUCGUUGGGAAAUGGAGUGCAGUUAUGGAGUAUAAGGACAAUAAGACGGGUGAGAGACGCGUGCUGUUUGAUGUUAAGAAAGAUGGCGAUAAGAUCGCGCCGAAGUGGGUAGCGCCAGAGGACGAGCAGGAGCCCAACGAAUCGCGUCGGCUAUGGGCGAAGCUGACACAGGCGAUCGUGGCGAAGGAUAUGCUGGCGGCGACAGAGGCGAAGACAGCGGUAGAGGAGUCGCAGCGCGAGCUCCGACGGAGGCGGGAGGAGAGCGGUGAGAAGUUUAUACCACGUUUCUUCCGACAGGACAAGGAAGGCCGAUGGGUGCCUAAGAUCACGUUGCCAGAGGACCCUCAAGAAGCUGUGGAGGUGGUGAGGAACUGGAUUUGGGCACCACCACCCGAUUCCCGACACUGA